UCGCUUUUGCGGCGAAAUUCCGAAGCUCAGUGGCACUGCUUAUACAUCGUGUAAACAAUGUGGUUUUUUUACAUCUCUCACAUCAAGUAUCCAAUUUAUUAGUUCAUACCAUGCCCAACCAUCAGCGCCCUCGUCAUGUUUUUUUAGACGUAAACGCUCGCAUUAUUGCGUCAGCGUUACACCGAUGUUGACUGGGAACGUCCACGCCGAAAAGUCCACAUGCUAGCAGUCUCAAACGUGUAUACAUGCCACAUGCCACGUUUGUGAAGACCCUGCAGCCGUCAGUCUCGGACCGACAGCUGUGUCGUACAGUUGACAAAACUGCGUCCGGAGAUAAUCUUUUGAAUUCUUGGGAAAUCGACAGGUUUAAUUAUAAAAAAGCUCAAUUGUUUCUGAAACGACAUCAAAAAGAGCUUUGUCAACAUCACUUACAAGCGUUUGCACGAUGUGUGGAAUUUGGUCAAUUUUCGGUGUUGAGGGAGACUCGUUAAUGUGCGCGUGUAAUCAGUUCAAUAAAAUAUCCCACAGAGGGCCAGAUGCUCUGAGAAUCGAAUACGACAAACGAGUCAAGAAUGGAUUUCUGGGAUUCCAUCGGUUGGCAAUUAUUGACAGCCUUUGUGGAAUGCAGCCUAUGAGGCUCAGCAAGUAUCCCAACUUAUUCCUUCUUUGCAACGGAGAAAUUUACAAUUUCAAAAAGACGAUAGAGCAGCACGAUUACGACUACGUAACAAAGUGCGACGUCGAGAUAUUGUUGCAUCUGUAUGCAAACGGUGGAGCCGAAAAUGUGGCCAACAACCUGGACGGUGUAUUUGCAUUUUGCUUGCUGGACAUUGAAAAACGAAGGAUCUUAAUUGGACGAGAUCCUUAUGGCGUCAGGCCGUUGUUCAGACUGCGCGGAAACAAUGGAGAAUUGGGCAUCUGCUCGGAGAGCAAGGGUCUUGUGGGAAUCGCAAAAGAAUUCCCUGGUGAAUGGAACCUCGAACCUUUUCCACCAGGGCACAUUGAGCAGUAUCAAUUGAGUGGAGACGGCAAAACGAAACUUAUGAAGAGUGUGUGUUACCACAAACCAGGAGACAAACCGUCGUUCCAAGUUUCAAUUCCAUGGAACAGUUUAAGCAACUCGGAUGUGCAAGAAAACGUAAGAAAAUUACUGUCGUCCGCUGUUGAAAAGCGAUUGAUGGCCGACAGAAGAAUCGGCUGUUUAUUGUCGGGGGGUUUGGACUCUAGUUUGAUAUCGGCGUUGCUCGUAAAACUUGCCAAAUCGAAAAACUUGCCUUACAAAAUUCAAAGUUUCGCCAUCGGCAUGGGCGACAGUCCCGAUAUCGUUGCUGCUAGACAGGUCGCAGAUUUUAUCGGAACCGAACACCACGAGAUCAUUUUUACGGCGAAGGACGUUGCCGACGUUUUAGACGACGUCAUAUACUCGCUCGAGACUUUUGACAUUACGACAGUUCGGGCAUCCAUAGGAAUGUACAUACUUUCUCGUUACAUAAAACGCAACACGGAAACAACAGUUAUAUUCAGUGGUGAGGGUGCCGAUGAGUUGGCUCAAGGCUAUAUAUACUUCAGAGAUGCCCCGAACUCAAAAGAUGCACACGAUGAAUCUCUCAGAUUAUUGAAAGACAUUUACCUCUACGAUGGUUUAAGAGCUGACAGAACGACCAGUGCCCAUAGUCUAGAGCUCAGAGUUCCAUUCCUAGAUCUGCAAUUCACUAAUUAUUACUUAUCCCUCGAUCCUGAGAUGCGAAGGCCAAAGGACGGAGUGGAGAAGCAUUUGCUGAGGUCAUCGUUCGACGGAAUAAAUUUACUGCCACAAAACAUUUUAUGGCGACACAAGGAAGCCUUCAGCGAUGGUGUAGCGUCAAUAAAAAAAUCUUUGUUCCAAAUCAUUCAAGAAAUCGUUGAAGAAAGAGUUCAAGACUCUGACCUGGAGAAGGCUCCAGUUACGUUUCCGCAUUGUACACCAAAAACGAAGGAAGCUUAUUAUUACAGGCGAGUUUUUGAGCAGCAUUUUGGUGGAUACGCCGAAAGUUUCAUUCCGUACUAUUGGAUGCCACGCUGGGUCAAGGGAAUCACGGAUCCAUCGGCACGGUUCAUAAAGCAUUAUGCUGCAGAGGAAAAACAAUCUUUGAACGGAAAAACUGAACUUGCCUAAUUAAAAACCAGACGGAGCUCCGAAAUUAACUAAUUAUUCAUUUUCCGAUAGCCCAAUCGUGAUUGGAGCCAUUAGAAGCACAUAAACUGUUAGUGUUCAAAAUUUCAGAAUUUCUGUCAAAGCAAAGAGUUAAAGUUCAUUCCCAAUAUAUUAUCAUAUUAUUUACUAACAAUCCAAAUGAAAAAAAAAAAUACAUUUCGAAACUGUGCUUCGGAUACUUGUGAUUUAUUUUUAAAGAAGUUACAGAGAUAUGUCUGAAGUUAUAGCAUAUAUUUGUUAAAAAUAAACUUAAAUAAAACUUCUCGAAAAUA